GCCGUCCCCGACUCGUCCUCUCGCACACCUGCUAGGGUUUUCCGUCCCCCAAUUCCUCGUCGAUCGAGGCUGCGAUUCGUCAGAGUAGUGACGGGAUCCCGUGAUUCCACCUUCCAUCUGUGUGCUAUCGAUCGAUCGUGUGAAGUUCCGCUGCAAAGAUGUUUGGGAGGGUGCCGAAGAAGAGCGACAACACCCGGUACUACGAGGUCUUGGGGGUGCCGAAGAGCGCAUCUCAGGAUGAUAUGAAGAAGGCCUACCGGAAGGCCGCCAUCAAGAACCACCCCGACAAAGGCGGCGACCCAGAAAAGUUCAAGGAAUUGGCCCAGGCUUAUGAAGUUUUGAGUGAUCCUGAGAAACGGGAGAUCUAUGAUCAAUAUGGUGAAGAUGCCCUGAAGGAGGGAAUGGGUGGUGGAGGCGGCGGACAUGAUCCGUUUGAUAUAUUCCAGUCCUUCUUUGGCGGUAGCCCCUUUGGAGGAGGAGGAAGUAGCAGAGGACGAAGGCAGAGGAAAGGGGAGGAUGUGAUUCAUCCUCUCAAGGUAUCCUUGGAAGAUCUCUACAAUGGAAUUUCGAAGAAAUUAUCACUCUCACGGAAUGUUAUCUGCCGGAAGUGCAAUGGCAAAGGUUCGAAAUCUGGUGCUUCUAUGACAUGCUCCGGGUGCCGCGGCUCAGGUAUGAAGGUCAGUAUACGUCAACUGGGGCCGGGCAUGAUUCAGCAAAUGCAGCAUGUAUGCAAUGAUUGCAAAGGAACUGGUGAGAAGAUCAAUGAGAAGGAUCGCUGCCCGAACUGCAAAGGUGAGAAAGUUGCUCCUGAGAAGAAAGUGCUGGAUGUGAUAGUUGAGAAGGGAAUGCAAAAUGGACAGAAAAUUUCCUUCCCUGGCGAGGCUGAUGAAGCGCCUGAUACUGUCACCGGAGACAUUGUGUUUGUUCUCCAGCAAAAGGAACAUCCCAAAUUCAAGCGUAAGGGUGAAGAUCUCUUUUAUGAGCAUUCGUUGUCACUCACCGAGGCUCUUUGUGGCUUUCAGUUUGUUUUGAAUCACCUUGACGGCAGGCAGCUACUUAUCAAAUCAAAUCCUGGGGAAGUCAUCAAGCCUGAUCAAUACAAGGCAAUAAACGAUGAAGGCAUGCCCAUCUACCAGAGGCCCUUCAUGAAGGGGAAGCUCUACAUCCACUUUGCAGUCGACUUCCCUGAUUCACUGGCACGGGAUCAAUGCAAAGCUCUCGAGGCAGUCCUCCCUCCAAGGUCUGCGUCUCAGUUGACAGACAUGGAGCUAGACGAAUGCGAGGAGACUACAUUGCACGAUGUUAAUAUCGAGGAGGAGAUGCGGAGGAAGCAAACCCAAGCGCAAGAGGCCUACGAAGAGGAUGAAGAUGAUUUCCAUGGUGGCGCUCAGAGAGUGCAGUGUGCGCAGCAAUAAGCUGGAUAUAACAUCUAUCGUUCGGUUUGUGUAACGAGUUAUGGCAAACUCAAUUCUUAGUUGCAUUUAGUGCUUAUAAUUUCGCAGCUUCAUUCUACAGCAAAUUGAUGGAUUAAGCAAUCUUGAUACUUAUGAAUUACAUUGCAUGUUCUUGUCAUAUGUAUGCCUUUGCGGAUCUUAUUAUCUUUAUAUGCAUCAUAAUUGUUUA